AUGCGCUUAGAAAGUUUAAACCCAACAGCUAGACAAGGGCCUACCCAGGCAACGCCCCCUGACCAGCUGCAUCCACCUGCCAAGGCCGAAGCUGCGCAGGGGCUCAGUCGGGGAGGGAAGGGAGGCUGGAGGGUGGGGGGCGGAGGGGAGAACUCGCAUCGCCGCCGCUUGUCUACACCUGGCUCCGCAGCAGAAGCGGCACGUCACAGGCCAGUCAUUCCCACCAACCUGUACCUGGGUCCGCCGCCGCGGCUAUGCGUAUAUGCUGACCGUACUGGAGAGGAGCGAAACACCUUGCACCGGUACCUGGAGCCACUACCGCCUCCAGGCCGCCAGACAGAACUGCACCCACACUCCGGAGAAACACUGGGUACCCCAGCAGAACCUCAAGCCUUGUCCUUUAGACUACAUUUCCCAGGCAUUGCAGCGACACGUUCCUCUAUGGAGUCCAAGAAGGACAAAAUUAAGCAGGAUAGAGAAAAUGAAUCCGUAAAUCCUCUCUCGCUUCUGCUGUAUGCUCCGCAUCUGUCCCAGACUAGUACUGAAUCAACAGCCGCUGACUUACGUGAGUGUGGCCACGGAGGGUACGCUGAGGAUGCACGCCUGAAGAAGAGAGGCCCAGUGCCCUGCGCUGUCGGAAAGGGGCAAGAGUGGGGGGUGGAGGACGUGGUCAGGAGGGGAACCUGUGCAAUAAGGUUCAGCACUGGUCUGGGAACUCUGGGUGAAGGGCCCGGAGGGCUGGCAGAGUGGCUAUCCCAUUUAGUCACCAGAGCGCUUGGCAAACAUCUCAGCCCCUGGGCUCCCGCCCUUUGCCACCGACUUUUGCCAAGCUCUGGAAGCGUUCAACUUCUUUCUCUUGUGCGCAGGUCGCCAGUCAUGACCAGCCCCCGUCACGCCCCGCGCACGCUGCUCCUGGCGCUGCUACAGACACUGGUAUGGCUGGAGCCCGCUGGCCUAACACCAACGACGGGCUCCGUGCGCCUGACCGGCGGCCUCACAUUGGGUGGCCUAUUUCCCGUGCACGCUCGCGGUGCCGAGGGCAGGGCGUGUGGCCAGCUCAAGAAAGAGCAGGGCGUGCACCGACUCGAGGCCAUGCUGUAUGCGCUGGACGGCGUCAACGCAGACCCGGAGCUGCUGCCCGGCGUGCGUCUGGGCGCGCUGCUUCUCGACACCUGUUCGCGGGACACAUACGCGCUGGAGCAGGCGCUCAGCUUUGUGCAGGCGCUGAUCCGCGGCCGUGGCGAUGGAGACCAGGCGGAUGUGCUCUGCCCUAGGGGUGACCCUCCGCUGCGCGCCGCGCCCCCUGAGCGCGUGGUGGCUGUGGUGGGCGCUUCGGCCAGCUCGGUCUCUAUCAUGGUUGCCAAUGUGCUGCGCCUGUUUUCGAUACCCCAGAUCAGCUAUGCCUCCACAGCCCCAGAACUCAGUGAUUCCACACGCUAUGAUUUCUUCUCCCGAGUGGUGCCACCAGACUCCUACCAAGCCCAGGCCAUGGUGGACAUUGUGAGAGCAUUGGGAUGGAACUAUGUGUCCACACUGGCUUCUGAGGGCAACUACGGCGAGAGUGGGGUUGAGGCCUUUGUGCAGAUUUCUCGUGAAGCUGGGGGUGUCUGCAUUGCACAGUCCAUCAAGAUUCCCAGGGAACCAAAGCCAGGAGAAUUCAAUAAAGUGAUCAGGAGACUUAUGGAGACACCCAAUGCCCGAGGCAUUAUCAUCUUUGCCAAUGAGGAUGAUAUCAGUAGGGUCCUGGAAGCUGCACGCCAGGCCAACCUGACCGACCACUUCCUGUGGGUCGGCUCAGACAGCUGGGGAGCCAAGACUGCACCUAUACUGAACCUAGAGGAUGUGGCCAUGGGGGCCAUCACCAUCCUGCCCAAAAGGGCCUCUAUUGAUGGGUUUGACCAGUACUUCAUGACCCGCUCUCUGGAGAACAACCGCAGGAACAUCUGGUUUGCUGAGUUCUGGGAAGAGAACUUUAACUGCAAACUGACCAGCUCAGGUCAGUCAGAUGAUUCCACUCGCAAAUGCACAGGAGAGGAACGCAUCGGCCAGGACUCCACCUAUGAGCAGGAGGGGAAGGUGCAGUUUGUGAUUGAUGCAGUGUAUGCCAUUGCUCAUGCCCUCCACAGCAUGCACCAAGCUCUCUGCCCUGGGCACACAGGACUGUGCCCAGCUAUGGAGCCCACUGAUGGGCGAACACUACUGCAAUAUAUUCGAGCUGUCCGUUUCAACGGCAGUGCAGGCACCCCUGUGAUGUUUAAUGAGAAGGGAGAUGCACCGGGACGCUACGACAUCUUCCAGUACCAAGUGGUCAAUGGCAGUACAAGCAGCAGCGGAUACCAGGCUGUGGGCCAGUGGGCAGAGAUCCUCAGGCUGGAUAUGGAAACACUUCAGUGGUCAGGUGACUCCACCGAGGUGCCCCAGUCUCAGUGCAGCCUCCCUUGUGGACCAGGUGAGCGGAAAAAGAUGGUGAAGGGCGUCCCCUGCUGCUGGCACUGCGAGGCAUGUGAUGGAUACCGCUUUCAGGUGGAUGAGUUCACAUGUGAGGCCUGUCCUGGGGACAUGCGACCCACUCCCAACCACACAGGCUGCCACCCCAUACCUGUGGUACGCUUCACCUGGUCCUCCCCCUGGGCAGCCCUUCCCCUUCUUCUGGCUGUGCUGGGCAUCGUGGCGACCACCACAGUGGUGGUCAUGUUUGUGCUGCACAACAACACACCUAUUGUCCGGGCUUCUGGCCGUGAGCUCAGCUACAUCCUGCUCACAGGUAUUUUCCUCAUUUAUGUUAUCACCUUCCUCAUGGUGGCUGAGCCAGGAGCUGCCAUCUGUGCUGCCCGAAGACUUUUCCUUGGCCUUGGUACCACCCUCAGCUACUCUGCCUUGCUCACUAAGACCAACCGCAUCUAUAGGAUCUUUGAGCAGGGGAAGCGCUCGGUCACGCCGCCACCCUUCAUCAGCCCCACUUCACAGCUUGUCAUUACCUUCAGCCUCACAUCUGUGCAGGUGGUGGGCGUAGUGGCAUGGCUGGGGGCCCAGCCUCCACACAGUGUGAUUGACUAUGAAGAGCAGCGGACAGUGGACCCAGAACAGGCCAGAGGGGUGCUCAAGUGCGACAUGUCGGAUCUGUCUCUGAUCGGCUGCUUGGGCUACAGCCUACUGCUCAUGGUUACGUGCACUGUGUAUGCCAUCAAAGCCCGUGGUGUGCCUGAGACCUUUAAUGAAGCCAAGCCCAUUGGUUUCACCAUGUACACCACCUGCAUCAUCUGGCUUGCUUUUGUACCUAUAUUCUUUGGCACUGCCCAGUCAGCUGAAAAGAUCUAUAUCCAGACAACUACACUGACUGUGUCCUUGAGCCUUAGUGCAUCGGUGUCCCUUUGCAUGCUCUACGUCCCCAAAACCUACGUCAUCCUCUUCCACCCAGAGCAGAAUGUGCAGAAGCGGAAGCGAAGCCUCAAAGCAACCUCUACAGUCGUAGCCCCACCCAAGGGUAAAGGCACAGAGAACAAGUAG